AUGGCAACACGGCAGCCUCCCGCCCCGCCCUUUGACAACCGGCUAAGCUCGGAUGAUGAUGCCGGCAAACGCGGUGGCCAGCACACUGGCGGUCCGGAGGAAAUAAUGGUCAAUACCACUACUAUCGUCUCCGAGUCUCUAGGUGUGGCUGGCCUGGACGCCGCCACUGGAGUCGAUCCUCCCCCCCCGAUCACCAUCGAGCAGACCUGA